AACCCAGGCAUGCCAGCUCCCACCUCUCCCUAGGUGAGCAGGCAGAAUUCAGAACUCAUCCCAUUGGCCUCUUGGAGUUAAUCCAGGCCUCCGCAGAGCUCCUUCUGGGAAAGUUUCACUCCAGAGCAAUCCCAUUAACUCUUGCUGAACUGGAACCUACCAGCUCCUGCCCUCCAGCCUAGAGGACGUUUCUGGCUUCUGGGAACCUCUCCCUGUUCCUGCAGAGGCUACCCCAGUCUUACCCAGAGUGGAGAACGUUCACAGGGGCCCUGCAGAGGACUGAGGGCUAGGGGUUCUGGGUUUUGUCUUGCAACAGAGAAGCUGACUUGUUCCGUCAAUCCCCUCUACCCCUCCACCUUGCCCCAGUCAGUGGUUAACUUGGAUCAGCUAAGAAGGAGCUCUCUUCAGUCUGGGCAAGACCCUCAGAGCAGCUCGAAGAACACAGCGGGGAAGAUGGGGCCUGUCCAGGGGUGCCCACAUGCGGGCCACUGUGCUGGCCGUCCUAGGCAAGUGGCGGUGGACUGUCCUGUGAGGCCCCAUGAGGCAGGGCUCCCAAGCUGCGCAAACAGCGGAGGUGUAGCGGGCCUCCUCGGAGGCAGAUUUCUAUCGCUCCAGGAAUUGCAGGGCCCCAGGGCAAGGGCUGAGCCCUCAGCCUGGCCAGCUCAGGGCCCUGGAGGAGUAGACUGCGGACCACGUGUCACCAAUUACGGGAUCUGCUCAAGAUCCCGAGUUCCACCCCACCUCUGCCCCCGCCCCCAGCUCUUCCAGCCUCCUGUGAUUAGGCAGGGGCGGGCGUGUGGCUGUGAGCACCCUGUUCUUGGCUACUUUGGGGAGCUGGGAAGUUUGGAAAUCACUUCUUUCUUCCAUUUUCUUUUUUGAAAACUAAGGCAGAUUUUACACUCUCUCUGAGCAACUCACUAUUUACAAGAAUCUUAUAGUUGGCUGGAUUAUUCUGCAAAACAAAUAAUUUAGCCAUUUUGCAAAUUCAGAUUUCCAUAGGUCAGGCUUGCCUAAACGGGCAAAUACCUGCUUACUUGUGCUGGAAUGUUCUACACAGAAAGACAGCAAAGUCUGGCAAAAAGUAUUCUAGAGAGACCAAGUUCAAGCCAGCAGACAAGGGCACCAAGGCCUUGGUGCCGUGGAGGCCAGGGCAGGGUCCAAGGGCCAUUUCCAACUCCAUGGUUUCCCGACAAGCUCCCUGUGGUCUGCCCCUCCCUGUCCAUGCCAACCUGAACUACCAGGGAAAGCGGGUAUAUUUUAACUGGCACAGGCAGAAGCCACUUCUCCAACGCAGCUGGACGGUCUGCCGAUUACCGCCGGCUCAGGAGCUGGAUCCUCCACUCCCCAGAAAGCCCACCCUCCACUCAGGGAGCGCCAUGACCGAAGUUGGUUGGUGGAAGCUGACCUUCCUCCGGAAAAAGAAAUCCACCCCCAAGGUGCUGUAUGAGAUCCCGGACACCUACGCCCAGACGGAGGGCAGCUCGGAGCCCCCUCGGCCCGAGGGCGGGGACCCCAACUGUGACUUUAACGCGCGCCUGGAGAAGAUUGUGGACAAAAGCACAAAGGGCAAGCAUGUCAAGGUCUCCAAUUCUGGCCGCUUCAAGGAGAAGAAAAAAGUUCGAGCCACCCUGGCGGAGAACCCCAACCUCUUUGAUGACAGGGAGGACAAGGGACAGUGAAGGGGGCCAUGGAGGAUGCUAGUACCUCCCUGCUCCCUGCUCUCAGGCGCACCGACAGGAGCUUGCCACGCUGGCCCCUGUGGCCACGGCUGAAGCCGUGGGGCCAGUUGUGCCUGCUGGCAGGAAAUGUGUGGUUUUAGGUUUGUAUUUAUGUGCCCCAGCUCUCUGGAAAGCCUGGAGAUCCCAGGGUCCUCCUGCUGUCCCCCCACCACAUACAAAGGCACUCCAGUUCAAGGAUGAAAAGCUCCACCGGGAAGGACAGUCUUCCUUGAAGGCAUAUUGGGCGGCAGGGAGGAGGCCAAGGAACUCCAAGGAGGCGGCAGGGAGAGGGAGCCUGUCUGACUUCACUUCCUCCCAGGGCACAGGGUCAAGGGUGUGUAGAGAAAGCUGUUCCCUCUGCUUUUUCUACCCACGACUGUUCCCUAGACCGAUUCUGAGAGUGAGUUUCCCAUGAUUGGAGGUUGAUUCCAGGAACCAGAGGUCUCCUGAACUUGAGCUCACCUCCUAACGCAAGUGGGGGACUUGCCGAAACUUUGCCUCUAGAGGUGCAGGGGGAGGAUGACCCUGGCAUGCCCUGGGCGUGCUGCAGAAGGCCAGGUUAGGGACCCCAUGGGCCCAAAUUAGCGGACGGGUUGCGGAAGCCCUGGUAGGAGCCGAAAGCGGCCUGCUCUUUCCCCUCCUUCCCUGCUUGUGUUUAAGACGGAUGGGCCCCGGAGAUGAAUCCUGAAGCCUUGAAUUUUGUUUGAAAAACAAUUGUACGUUUCUCUCUUUGUAAUAAACAAUGCUGCAAAAGCAGAGAACCUAUUUA